AUGGCCGACCAGUCUCAACCUUCCCCUCCUCCGAACCGCCGUCGUUCCUCGAUAGUCGAGAUGUUCACUGGACGACCGGCCCUAUCAAGCUCUGGUUCUUCGUCACCUCCAUCCGGUUCCUCCACGUCCCCAAACGCUCCACAGCAUCGCCGCGGUAUGAGCAUCACAACGAUGGGUCUUACAGGCAAUGCCAACGGCCAAAACUCUCCCUAUAAUGCUUUUGCGCGCCAACGUCGUGCUAGUGUAGCGACUUCGACUGCUUCCGGCUCUCCUGAAUUCAAGAACAGCUUCGGAGAUGAUCCCGUAGUCAUCGAAGAGGACGACGGGCCCAAGUCCCCUACGACAAACCCGGCCGGCUCCUUUGCCCGAAGAGUCAGCUUCGGCGCGCAAGCGAUGAGAGAUGCUAAGCAAGGGAGUGGUUCUGGGAGUUCUGGUGCUGGUAGGCGCCCCUCCAGUUCCCUUUUCAGCCUCAGUGAGAACACUGAGAACGACCCCCCUCCUCGGGCCCGAGUCCCCUCAGACAUGGCCAAGACUUCAGGGGAGGGCUUCAACUGGUCAGAGGCUAUGAGGGACCGUACGAAGCGAUCACCAUCAUUCUCCUCAUCAGUCAAUCCUUUCGCGACCAACAACAAUCGCAUGCGUAGCACUAGCACUACUGCCCCAGAGCCGCCCAAGGAGAUGCCGAAGGCAGUCGAGCCUGUUGCGCCGCCGAAGAUGCGGAAGCCUGAUCAUUUGGGAGAGAGAAUGCUCAGAGGAGACUUUAUGAUGGACUAG